UAAAAUCCCUGGCUUGGAACUGUAGCACAGCUAAAGUAUAAGGUUUCGUUCUGAGGGAGAGAGAGCUGUGUUUGACCUGGCUCGGCUUCGGUUUCCUCAUCUUUAGUGUUAAGCUACACUACACUUUACUUUUUUGCCUUAUUCAGAGGUUACCUUGCCUUAUUGACCUGAGCAAAACACCACAAAAUGAGGUAUUUACAGUCUACCUUUUCAUUCCAUUACUUUUUUCAGCAGUGGAUGUCUGGAAUAGCUGUAUGUGACAAAGCAAGGAGGAAUGUGGCGGAAAGGUACGUGUGAAAGGAGCCAUGCCGACUCUGUGGAAGCGGAUCGUGUUCUCUGUAGGCUCCAUACUGAGUAGCGGCUCGGUGGUGCUCCUGGUUGUGGCGCUCUCCACCGAGCGCUGGAUCACUGCGACCUUACUGUGUCAAACCGGGGUCGAUCUGGUGAACGCGUCAAAGCCGGAGCUUGAACAGUUCACUGGAGAUAUUUACUACGGGCUUUUUCAAGGAGGAAAAACACGGAGAUGCGGCCUCGGCAGUCGUCGUUUCAAAAUUUACAUUUUCCCAAAACUGAUUAGAAAGGUCAACGGUGGACUUCAUAUGAUCAUAAUCUUCUUCCUCUUCUUUGCGAUUGGCUUUGCAUUGGUCAGUCUGGCAUUCUGCAUUUACAAUGCCAGAAAAGUGCCUUACCAGUCCAUUAAAGGACCUCUAGGUCUCUACCUCUGGAACCUCAUCGCAGCUCUGUUCGGUUGUCUCGGCUUUGCGUGUUUCAUCGCAGCAGUCCGGUGUCAUCGGUUAACAGAACGUGUAGCAAACUUUCAAGAAAAUCUGUUUAAACUGGUGGUUUUAGAGGAGAACCUGGGAUUCUCAUUUUGGCUCUGUGUUGCCAGCAUUGUCUCACACGGAGCCAAUAUACUGGUGAUUGCUUCAAGCAAAAUUCAUCUGCCCAAAAUACAGACCAAAAAACCAGAGGAACCGACUGCAACAGGAGAUGAUUUACUGUACUGAAAAAAAAAACGGACUCCAAACUUGAGAAGAAACAGGAGCAAAACAGACUCUUUUGCAUUUAUCAGGAGUACUGAACUCUGUAAACCAGCUUUCCUGUACAUUGUAUAUUGUAGAAGAAAAUGCUUCGUUGUUAUGUGUCCAGCAUCUGAGUCACCAUUGUUUUGUACAUUUACUCAUUCUGUGUAGAAACAAUUCCAUCUUCCCACUUCAGUUGUCUUUUUUCGUUUAUUUACUGUGUUUAUUUAAAUCUACUGAGCAUAGAUUGAGUCCUUGAGUUCCAUGUGAUAGAAACCGUGUGUGUGGGGUUCUCAAAAGUACACAGAGGAAUGCAUCUGACAUCAUCAAGCACUUUUUUCGACCUGCAUUAACCCCAUAUCUAUCUUCUUCAGAAAAGCUCCCUCAGCGUGGUGACAUUCUAAGUGACCAGGGGGUCAUUAACCUGUCAAACUACCCCACUCAGUCCCCUAGCCUCCAAUUACAAAUAACUAAUGAUUUCUUCUAGUGCCCUCAUUGGGAUAAAGUUAAUACAAUUUUAAAUUGUAAUUAAAUAUCUAAUAACACUGGCCCUUGUAUUUCUCCCAGACUAAGUUAUCUUCUUUAGCAAGAAUCUUUAAAACCAGUUUAGUGCCCUGGAGUAGGUUCUCAUGGUUAUCACUCUCAGAGUCAGCCACCCUGUAGCAACCUCAGUGAAUGUAAUAAAGCUGAAAGCAAUUUAAUUUCGUUAUUGUUUCAUUCUCCAAGGGAUCACGCAGAGCUCCUCAACAGCUUUUGGAUCACACCUAGAAAGGAAACAUGGUAAGGACAGUUUACAUCCCGAAGAUCCUUAAGCACCAGGGAGUCCUAUCUAUACAUCAUAUAUGAUUUAGUCCUACAUUACAUCAUAACACAUGUCUCACACCACAAGAUACAAUUAAUGACAGGAAACUAGGAAUUAGAAAUGAAUUGGGGGAUUGUUUUGGUGAGCUGAUCUGAACUUGUAGUUUUGACUGGUGCUAGA